CGGACAUUCAAUUCUGAGGGCCAUGUGUUACGGAAACGGCCGUCGCACAGUCUGAAGCUGGAAACCUACUUAAGGAGGCUUUCUCGGAGGAUUUCGCCGAAUUAAUCUUUGGGUGGUGACGGAUGAAAACUGGUUGUCAGAGGAAGGAAAGAGAGAUGUCUUCUCCACUCUCGCGUCUUCAGGCCCUUCUGUCGGCGUCUAUGGAAUCGUCAUCAGGAAUAGGCGAGGUUGUCGAGAUCAGGUUCCGUGGGGAGGUCGUUACCUGACGACAUUCUACUGAAUGUGUUGCGCAAGCUCCCGCUCGAGAGCCUGAUGAGGUUCCGCUGCAUAUGCAGAGAGUGGGAAGAUCUCAUCGUUUCUUCUGAAUUCUUUCUGUCGACUCGCCACAAUCCUGGGAAGCUGGUUUCGCCGUAAAUGGAUGAUUCUCAGCCUUAAUUUUUUUGUUCAGCAAUCGUUACAGGGUGCAGCGCGACUCAAAUGUGGAGAAGAUGAGGAUUCAUUCAUUGGGUGUUCCUCCUCCCAAUGAAUAAUGAGACGAGGAACUCCCAAUACUCAUCGUCUCCAACCCAUUGACACGACAGUUCCAAAGAUUGCCGACUUCGUUCGACCACGGCUCAAGUUCCCUGAAGUAGGACAAUUGUUGUGUGGAAUAGAUGUAAAUCUCGAAACAUGGUACUUCACUUUCGUAUUUAUGGAUUCUCAAGGGAGUCGGAACUUAAAUCUACGACUCCAAAUUCCGCUUCUGGCGGGUAGGUAAUAAAUUGCCCUCAUUCAUGGCAAGACCAACAGAUUUGUUGAUCCUUGCAAGUGUUUCAAAAGAUACAGGCGUCAUUGCGUGGCGACUGAGAGAAAGUUUCAAUCGAAGGUGAGCCGAUAUGAAGUCCGGCCAUGCUGUUUAUCUACGAUGUGAAGCCCGACGUUUGGAGAUAUGGGAACUUUGCGGCCGACAGCUCGUCGCAUACUUUUUUCAGAUGUAUUGGGCACAAAGGUAAGAUUCUAGCGGCUGCAUCACGUGAAGCAUCAGUUGAGAGGCUUCCUUACUGCGAGAUUGAGAUUUACUUGGAUCCAGAGUUUUACUUCACCUUUCGAAUGAAGACGGCGUUGCCCAUGCACUCGUUGGUUGAUGUGCUCGGCUCGCUUACUUACAAGUCAAAGGUGCAAGAGAAGGAACUAAUCCAAAAAUCAAUUGGUGCGUGGGAGCCCGUGACGAAGUAAUGUAUCUUGUGGAAGCGCAAUCAGUUGAGAUCGAAGAUGAUGUUCGAGGGUAGCUCAGUGUAUUGCCCUACGCCCGUGCCGAAAACUCCUGGACGUGGUUGAGCAACUGGAUGAUUCUGAAACACGAGCAUUUGAUCUUGCCAUCUUCUGCUGUACAUCCAGUCUGGACAUUCCAACACUUCCUC